AGCUGCACAAAUUCGCAGCGGGCGGCCGGGGCAGCGGCUGCAGCAGCGGCGGCGGAGGCUCUGCAUUACCAAGUCCUGCGUCCUCUGCAGGCGCUCGAAGCUGAGUGCGCAUCCUCUACCGCACCCAAGCUUCGUCUGUCAUUUCAAGCUCUUCAUGCUGCCCCACUAAAAGGAAAACAUGGGCACGGGGGAUUUUAUCUGCAUUUCCAUGACUGGAGGGGCGCCCUGGGGGUUCAGAUUGCAAGGUGGCAAGGAGCAGAAGCAGCCCUUACAAGUUGCAAAGAUUCGAAAUCAGAGCAAAGCCUCCGGGUCUGGGCUCUGUGAGGGAGAUGAAGUGGUUUCCAUCAAUGGCAACCCUUGUGCAGAUCUCACCUACCCUGAAGUCAUCAAGCUCAUGGAAAGCAUAACAGACUCUCUCCAAAUGCUCAUCAAAAGACCAUCCAGUGGAAUAAGUGAGGCUUUGAUAUCUGAAAAUGAAAACAAAAACCUCGAGCAUCUCACACAUGGGGGUCAUGUGGAAAGUACCACCCUGCAGAUUCGACCAGCCACAAAGACCCAGUGCACACAGUUCUUCCUCGCCCCUGUCAAGACUGAAGUUCCCCUAGCUGAGGAUCAAAGAAGUGGUCCCGAUUGUGCAGGGAGCUUGAAAGAAGAAACAGGCCUGAGCUACCAGAGGGCUCCCCAAAUGCCUGACUCCCAAAGAGGACGCGUGACAGAAGAGCUGAUCUUAAGGGAGAAGAUAGAAGCCGAACAGCCUGGCCCUGUGGUUGAGCUGCAACUGUCCCUUUCACAGGAGAGACAUAAGGGCGCUAGUGGCCCUGUAGUGGCUCUCCCGGGACCCGAAAAAUCUAAGUCUCCUGACCCAGACCCUAACUUGUCACAUGACAAGAUUGUCCACAUAAAUUCGAUCCCCACUAAUGAGAAAGCAGACCCUUUCCUGAGGUCCAGCAAGAUAAUCCAGAUCUCCAGUGGCAGAGAGUUGAGAGUGAUCCAGGAAAGUGAAGCAGGAGAUGCGAGACUGCCCCGGGUGGAAGUGAUCCUCGACUGCUCUGACAGGCAGAAGACAGAAGGGUGCAGGCUUCAGGCAGGAAAGGGGUGUGUGGAUUCUCCAGUGGAAGGAGGGCAGUCAGAAGCACCUCCUUCUCUGGUAUCCUUUGCCGUCUCAUCAGAAGGCACAGAGCAGGGAGAAGAUCCACGCUCGGAAAAGGAUCACAGCAGACCUCACAAGCACCGAGCGCGGCAUGCACGGCUCAGGAGGAGUGAAAGCCUGUCAGAAAAACAAGUGAAGGAAGCAAAAUCUAAAUGCAAAAGCAUUGCCCUUCUUCUAACAGAUGCUCCCAACCCCAACUCCAAGGGGGUGUUGAUGUUUAAGAAGCGACGUCGGAGGGCCAGGAAAUACACCCUAGUUAGCUACGGUACUGGCGAGCUUGAACGAGAGGCGGACGAGGAGGAAGAAGGUGAUAAGGAGGAUACAUGUGAAGUAGCAUUUCUUGGUGCAAGCGAAUCAGAGGUGGAUGAAGAGUUAUUGUCUGACGUUGACGACAACACACAAGUUGUGAAAUUUGACUGGGAUUCUGGACUGGUGAACAUUGAAAAGAAACUGAACAGAGGGGACAAGAUGGAGAUGUUACCAGACACCACAGGCAAGGGAGCCCUCAUGUUUGCCAAGAGGAGGGAGAGAAUGGAUCAGAUCACAGCCCAAAAAGAAGAGGACAAGGUAGGUGGAACGCCAAGCAGAGAACAAGGUGCUGCCCAGACGGAUGGCCUGAGAACUAUGACUUCUUACCAAAGAAGGGAGGAAGAGUCGGUGAGAACGCAGAGCUCUGUGAGCAAAAGCUACAUCGAGGUGAGUCAUGGUCUUGGCCAUGUUCCUCAACAGAAUGGCUUCACUGGGGCAUCUGAGACAGCAAACAUCCAGAGGAUGGCCCCCAUGAAUAGAACGGCCAAACCCUUCCCAGGGUCUGUGAAUCAGCCAGCCACCCCUUUCUCGCCAACCCGAAACAUGACGAGUCCUAUUGCUGACUUUCCUGCACCUCCACCUUACUCUGCAGUCACUCCACCCCCUGACGCCUUCUCCAGAGGGGUAUCAAGUCCAAUUGCUGGCCCAGCACAGCCCCCUCCAUGGCCCCAGGCUGCCCCCUGGUCCCAGCCAGCCUUUUACGAUUCAUCUGAGCGAAUAGCUUCCCGAGAUGAGAGGAUCUCAGUGCCAGCAAAAAGAACAGGAAUAUUGCAGGAGGCCAAAAGGAGAAGCACGACAAAACCCAUGUUUACUUUUAAAGAGCCCAAAGUAAGCCCAAAUCCUGAACUCUUGUCACUGCUUCAAAAUUCAGAAGGCAAACGGGGCACUGGAGCUGGAGGUGAUUCCGGACCGGAAGAAGACUACCUCAGCUUGGGGGCAGAGGCUUGUAAUUUCAUGCAGAGCUCCUCUGCCAAACAAAAGACCCCUCCUCCUGUUGCUCCAAAACCUGCUGUCAAGUCCUCAUCCUCCCAACCAGUAACUCCAGUUUCCCCAGUCUGGUCUCCAGGAGUGGCUCCCACCCAACCUCCUGCCUUCCCCACAUCCAACCCAUCAAAGGGCACCGUUGUCUCCUCCAUCAAAAUAGCCCAGCCUUCUUACCCUCCUGCCCGGCCUGCAAGUUCUUUGACUGUGGCUGGUCCCUUCAAAGGACCACAAGCAGCAGUAGCCAGUCAGAAUUACACACCCAAACCAACAGUUUCCACAGCAGCAGUCAAUGCUGCUCAGCCUGGUGCAGUGGGACCAUCCAAUGAGCUUCCAGGAAUGAGCGGGAGAGGAGCUCAGCUCUUUGCUAAGAGGCAGUCGAGAAUGGAGAAGUAUGUGGUGGAUUCAGACACGGUGCAGGCCCACGCUGCUCGAGCUCAGUCUCCCACUCCAUCUCUCCCGGCCAGUUGGAAGUACUCCUCCAAUGUCCGAGCACCUCCUCCUGUGGCCUAUAAUCCUAUCCACUCCCCCUCUUACCCACUGGCUGCUCUCAAGUCUCAGCCAUCAGCCGCACAGGCCUCCAAACCCGGCAAGAAAAAGGGGAAGAAACCCCUUAAUGCAUUAGAUGUCAUGAAGCACCAACCGUAUCAGCUCAAUGCAUCCUUGUUUACUUUCCAACCUCCAGAUGCAAAGGAUGGCCUCCCCCAAAAGCCAUCAGUCAAGGUCAAUUCAGCCCUGGCCAUGAAGCAAGCUCUUCCUCCCCGGCCAGUGAAUGCUGCCUCACCUACGAAUGUGCAGGCUUCGUCAGUGUACUCGGUACCAGCCUAUACCUCUCCUCCUUCCUUCUUUGCAGAGGCCUCCUCACCAGUCAGUGCAUCCCCAGUGCCUGUGGGCAUUCCCACCUCGCCAAAGCAAGAAUCAGCCUCAUCAUCUUAUUUUGUGGCACCAAGGCCAAAGUUCUCAGCCAAGAAAAGUGGUGUCACAAUUCAGGUGAAAUGUAAAUCUGGGAUCUGUAGUCAAGAUAUCAUAAGGAUCUACUUCCCAGCCUACCUUUCUUCCUCUACCUGAUAAUGAUAAUACUCAAAAUAACAACAUUCAAAGGUAACAUGAAGAAAUCCUGCUUUCACAGCUCCUAUUUCUUCGGCUCUUUAAUAACUAGUGAUGGUUUGUUCAUGAAAAAAAUUUUUUAAAUCAAAAGAUUGUACUUGGCCCAGAGUUGAAAAAAUUUUAAAAACCAAAAGGUUGUACUUGGCCCUGAGUUGAAAAAAAAAAUGCACAUUCUAAGAAUAAACAGAAAAAUGUUCUUCUUGGAAGUAAAUAACAAAAGCCAUAGUGUUUUGAUUUGUCUUUUCUUCAGGAUACACGGUAGAAGUCAGAUAAUCUUUGAUACUUUUAUUUGGCACAAUAAUCAAGGCCACGCAAGAACCCAGAAUGAAGCAUUUUGGUUCAAGUUAGGAUGACAUGGGUGGGGACAGAAGCAGUCAUUCAAAUAAUCUCAUGGGUCCUGAGGGAAAGAUAGGAGUUAAUGUAUUAAGUUUCUGCUCUACGCAGGAAGUGUGUUAAAUAUUUUACAUAAGUUUUGAUAAUAGCUAACAUUAGCCGAGCACAAAAUUUGGGCCCUGACUUGUGCUGAGUAUCUUUCACAGAUUACUGCUUUUAAUCAGCAGUCCUCGUGAGCUAGGUAUGAAUAUUAUCCCCAUUUUACAGAUUACAGAUGAGAUUCUGAGGCACAAAGGGGUUGAGUAACUUGCCAAAGAUCAUACAAUGUUAAGUAAUGGCCCCUGGAUUCAGUCUGCAGCCUGAAUUCUUAAACAGUUAUACUGUGAUUUCAUUUAUUCUUCAGUAUUACACUGAAAAAGAAGAUAUUAUUCCCAUUUUACAGAUGAGGUAUCUAAGCUCAGAGAAGCUAAACAACUUGUGCAACAAUCACUAAGCUUAUAAGCAGUAGAUUAGGGUUAGACUUAGAUAUUUGUCUGGCAUCAAAACCUGUGCUCUCCCUACAGUACCACGUGGUUUCCACAGUCUCAUCAGACCCCAGAAUUUCACUCCCUGAGACUGCUUAAUUGUGAAUUUCCCAAACUGAUUCACCAAGAGCCUACUGUCUAUGCUUCAUAGAUGGCUUUGACCACAUUCAGUGAUACUAGGAAAGACUCCAUUUCCCAAGAUGGCUCAGAAAAUCAGAUGCUAUGAUGCAUGUUGAAAGUGAAAACCCAUCUCUGAGAAAGAAGCAUCUGUUUUAUUAGUUAAAAAAAAAAAAAUGAAAUUGACAGCAAUGUUGUGUGACUUCUCAAAAUUCUUUCAUUUUCUUAUUUCAGAAUGAAUAGGUGUUGUUCAUCGGCUGGUAAGGGGGAAGAACGUGAUUUUUAAAAAUAAAGCAUAAUCAAAGUCUCUGCA